AUGGCAGCAUCCCUGGAAAAACUCGCAUCGUACUUAGACGAGUAUAAAAUUGUAAACUCCGUUUUUGCCAGUACGGUGACAGAUCCGGAUAAAAUCAAACUAUUGACGCGCAAGGGUGUUUUCCCCUAUGAGUACUUUGACUCAAAAAGCAAGCUCGAUGAAACUGAAUUACCCCCCAUAGAGAAAUUUUAUAGUACGCUUUAUGAUGCCGGUAUUUCUGAUAAUGAGUAUACACAUGCGCAGAAUGUAUGGACCGAGUUUAACUGUCAGAAUCUCUACGACUAUGCACAUUUGUAUAUGAAAACAGAUGUAUUGUUACUUGCGGAUGUCUUUGAAAAUUUUCGAAAAGAAUGUGUUAAAGCGUACGCGUUAGAUCCUGCUCACUAUUAUACGACCCCCGGUUUAACUUGGGAUGCUAUGGUCAAGUACACGAGCAUACGAUUGCAACUAAUAACCGAUAUCGAUAUGAUUAUGUUUGUUGAGUCUGGUAUUAGAGGUGGCAUAAGUCAAUGCUGCAACCGAUAUACUAUAGCGAAUAAUAGAUAUAUGGAAAAUUUCGAUGAUAGCAAAGAUACUAGCUACAUCAUGUACUUUGACGCCAACAAUUUAUAUGGCUGGGCAAUGGCUCAAGCGCUCCCUUAUGGCGGCUUCAAAUGGGUUGAAAAUGUCGACAACUUUUUUAAUUUUAAUGUAUCCGACGAUUCACCUGUUGGAUACAUACUCGAAGUUGAUUUGGAGUAUCCUGAAAAUCUCCACGAUACUCACAAAGACAUGCCAUUUUGCGCAGAAAAUGCGAAACCACCCCUCUCGAAACAGGAGAAAUUAUUAACAACUCUCCAACCAAAAGAAAAAUAUGUGAUCCACUACCGCACUUUAAAACAAGUUGUCGCCAACGGCAUUAAGCUUGUAAAAUUUCACCGAGUCUUACAGUUUAAGCAAUCAACAUGGCUUAAACCAUACAUCGACUAUAAUACGAUGAUGCGAACCAACGCCAAAAAUGAGUUCGAGAAAAAUUUGUUCAAGAUCAUGAACAACGCUGUGUACGGUAAAACAAUGGAAAAUGUCCGUAAACAUGUCGACAUUAAGCUUGUCACCCAAUGGUUUGGCCGCUAUGGAGCUGAAGCCCUUAUUUCUCGCCCGAAUUUCCAUAGUCGAGCGAUAUUCGACGAAAAUCUGGUUGCCAUUGAACUGCGUAAAACCGAGGUACUACUCAACAAACCAAUCUAUGUGGGGUUAAGUGUGCUCGAUGUUUCCAAAACGCUAAUCUACGAUUUUCACUACGGGUAUAUGUUAAAAAAUACGGCGACAAUUGUAAACUGA